UCUUGCCUUGGACUCCCAAAGUAUUGGGACUACCAGCCUGAGCCACCACGCCCAGCUGUAAUCAUUUCAACUGAAAAUAACCAAUUAACAUUUCACCCAUUCAAUACAACUAUUCUCAAUUGUUUUGGAUCGAUUUGAAACUCUGCUAAACACAUACCAGUAACCUAAAUUAGUAACGUGGAUGCUUUAAUUUCUGAAUGAUUCACUUACUCUGGCAGAACGAUGUGGAAUUUUGCCUCUCCUCCUUCUGGAAUGAGAGGCCAGGAUUUACUUAAACUUCCAACCUGACCCUUCACUACACUGUUUAACCCAAGCAUGCUCAGGUGAAGUCCAAGCUUCUCAGGAUGGCCUGCAGGGCAUUCCACCCCAGCCAGCUCUCAGUGUCCCCUGACACACUUUACAACAUGGCAAUAUUAAACUACUAAAGGUCUUGGGACUACACACACUGUUCCAUGCCUCUGGCCCUUGAGCUAGUUUGCGUCACCUCCCCCUGUUCACCUGGCUGACUCCAAGCACCAUUGAGGACCCAACUCAGGCACCUCCUCUUCUAGGAAGUUCGUUCACUAUAAUAAUCAGGGCAUUGCCCCAGUGCCAUCGUACAGCUCAUAUUCAGUGCACGGUCAGUAUUUGUUGAGGGACAGAAUAAAGCAGGGGAAAUAUUCUACUUAAUCAUUUAGAGGAGUUGCCUCAGGCAACCAGAAUUCAAAGGCAGGAAUAGCGCUAUACCGCUCGCCAUAAAAUGGAUCCACGCAAAAAUACACUUCGAAGCAGAAAUGAAAGACUGUAAAAGGAAUGAAGAUCAGAAUAGCAACAAGAGCAAUACCUUAGAUUUGUGUGAUUUUACAAUUUAUAAAUUAUUGUUGGAUCUCAUCAUGUUUACGGCAGAGUGAGGUGGGUGCUGGUAUUCUCAUUGACAGAUAAGGAGACCAGGGCUCAGGGGAAGGGUCUGCUUACCCUAAGGGGCUGCAGUGACAGAUCUUUUGGCUCUCUAUUUGGUUCCUACCCCACCAUUUCACAGCUUGCCUAAAAUGAGACAAAUCGUAAGAUAUUAAUAAGAAUUCACUUUCAAAAUUCUAUAUACUUGCUGCUCUAUUUUAAAAAUAUAUUUCUCUUAAAUUAUGCUAUGCUAAUUAGCUCUACCAUUUCCAGACAGUAAUCUGUUAUUGGGUGCUACUUUUUAAAUUUAGAUGCCACUACUAAAUCCUAAUUUAGACUCAUUCCUUUUAAUAACAUCUAUGCCUUCUAAUGUGUUCCACCCUCCAUUGCUUCAAAAUAUGAGAGUUUAUAAUGUGUUAUAUUCAUUCCAUUAUAUGGAUAGAACUCUACCUUCAGAAAAUUCUAGUUUAGCUCUUCAUUUUAAAGACAUUCCUUGCAUAUAUAUUUGGGAUCCUUACCUUGAUGCUUUUUCUGUGUCUUUUGAUAAAUUCCUCCUUUAUUACACUGCACUGUUUCUCUGAGGUCUUACAUUAGAAUAACCCCUUAAGAAUAAGGAACUGUUGUAAAUUGCUUUGUAAACAGGUUGCCAGCUGACUCCAAUAUGUAUUUCCUGUCUUCUCUUUUCACCCAGGUGGGUAAUAACUGUUGUCACCUAGAGGCAGUCAGUAGUUACUAACCACCUAGUAUGUCAAAUUACCAGGUAGUGUUAUCCAGCAAAGGGGGCUCACUGCACUAGAAACCAACAGUAUGACACCAAGUUUUUGAGAAAAGAAAAGCUUCAUAUUGCAAGUCAACUUCUGAGGAAACAGGAGUCCAGUUCAAAUCUGUCUGCUUGUACUGGCUUUAAAGCAGUAAUUUUAUUACAAAAGGUUUAGGGGUGGAUCCUGGCGUUAGCAGGUAAUUGGUGGAAGCAAAGGGGACAUCUGGGAGGUCUUCAGGCGUGCAUGGUUCUGUCUUCAAGCUUCCUCGUAGGUCCCAUGUGCAAAUUCGGAGGGAGCUGGUAUGAAACGUGGUAGAAAUUCAGGCUGUGACGUCAGCAAGCUUGCUGUGUGCAAACUCCAUUUGGCCUUAUUGAUUGCAGCUGAUUUCAGUCAGUUUUGUUGUAAGCAGAGGGAGUUUCAGCAAAUUGUUUCUUUUCUAAUCUGCCCCUGAAAACAAGAAUCUCUGUUAUUGGUGUCUUUGACUCUUUGAAACAGUUUCAGUAGUUCCCAGGAUAUGAAGAUAAAAGACCCCCUUCAUCAGUGAAAACUCACAAGAGGAUGAAAGACAUAGCUUCCUCUAUGAGAGUAGAAGAACAAUUAAUUUGACACUCACAAACACUAUGGUUGGUGCCAGGAACGUGGCCUGGUGAGGAGGAGAGUGUCACAUCCUCCUUGCCCACUCCUGUUUCCAUGCCUGCGUUUCCCCUUCUGCCCCUCUCCUAAGCCAAGAUGACCCUUCUGACUGCAUGGAACUAUCACAGAAACUGCUUCUAUUUACACCAGACAACUUGGGAUUCAGUCUUCUUGCUUGGUUCGUUCUUACUGCAAAGAUCCGUGACCACUUUGCCCACAUUUGCUUAAGCUGAAAGCUAAUGGAUGAAAGUUUGCAGUUGAAAAUCGGACACUACUACUUUCUCUUCAAUCUCUUCCCUUUUUGCUUUUCAUAGGAAACAUAGGAGACCAUGGUCGGGAAAGCUCACUGCAAGAACUAUACAAAUAAUGUAAAAAGUAAGGCGUCCAUAGGAUCAAAGCCACAUUUCUUUGCUCUCUGCACCCCAUUCCCGCGCUGGCCAGGUUAAGCCUCCUUCGUGGCCAGCACCCGUUGGCAGGGCAGAACGCCCUGGAACCCGACCCUUGUCUCCAUAGCGACGAGUCACAAAGCGGCCCGGGGCUCCCGCAGUGCUGAGUUCAGCCGGAGCCAGGGUCCCGUGGCCGCCUCCUCGGGCAGAAUGGAACAGCCCGGGCCCAGGGCUCCGGAGGAUCCCUGUCUCUGCCACCACAACCUCCGGCCAACAGGUGGCCCCAACUGGGAUUCCUAUGCUACCACUAUGAGGACUGCAUUCACGCCUAAGACAGGAGCAGUGCCUGCCUUCAUUCGCCAAAACGGUAUCAGAAGAUUAGGAUACACAUAUUCACUUAGUGAUCCUAUUCUCAAUCAGACACAAUACAAUGAUGAGUACACUUGGAAAUCAUACUCCAAAGAAGAUUUGAUCAAAACUGAGCCUUCGAGAGGAAUCAAGAGCCACAAAUCUCAUCUCAAUGAAGGCGUUUUCCCGUGGACGCUACCUCACGGUCAACAAAUGAGGACACUAAAGAACAGCCUCCCUUGGAAAAUCCCUGCUUCAAUGAAAGAAGUUAACAAGGCACUAUCAAAUCAGUUUAUUUCCCUUACUAAGAGAGACUUUGUGGACAGAUCGAAAGCUCAAAAGAUUAAGAAAAGUUCUCACGUGUCUCUGGAAUGUGAAAAGUUACUUCCUCGACCUCCAGACACUGAAUUCCGAAGGAAUUACCAAAUUCCAGCUAAAAUUCCUGAGCUUCAGGAUUUCAGUUUCAAAUACGGAUGCUACUCAAGCUUGCCCGUUGCUUCUCAGGGUCUACGAGCACCAAUUACCUUCACAUGUGAUGGGAUUCACUUACCCGGGGAGGAGUGGAGAGAGGAGGAAUCUACCCUGGUGCUCCAGUAACAAACCCUAGCAGGGACCGUGGAAGCUGAACCUCCACUGCGAGUAGAUCUCACUAGCAUCAGCUGCUCCCAGCAUAAAAACAGCACAAUUUUCUUCCCAAGGCAUCUCUCUGAUCAUUAGUGAUAGCUCCACGGGACUGAGUGUACAUGAUUCUAACCAGUAAAGGAGAACUUGGGAAGUGUUGCUGUCUGAUACCAUCAACUGCAGAGGAAGAAGUUCUGCUUUGGGAAUGUUAGAAACCUCUCCUGUUAACAGGUAAGAAAAAGCUAUUUUCAGUCCUAGCUUUUUUAAAACUCUCAUAGAAUUUUCAAAAAUUCCAUUAGCUUGGAUUAUAGAUGGAGAGUUGUUUGCUGUAAAAAUGGGUAGUAUAAGGUAACAGUUUAUGUUGUCAAAGCAGUAUUUUGCUCCUCAGGAGGAAGGUAGAGGGAGGUCGGUUCCAUUCACUGGGAAGCCUGACCACUUCGCCCACAGCCUGGCAUGAACUGGGGUGUACAGCAAUGCAUCAGGCUCAGUGUGUUUAAUGGGCUGUUGCUAUGAAAUUUUUGUCCCUGUAAUCAGAUCCUCUGCCUUGAUAACUUAAUUGCACUUAAAAAAACUCUUGAAUUUGAGUACAUCCUGAGAAUAUCACGAGGGCUUUUGAUUAAUGUAAAAUUAAAGCUCUUUCAGAAGCAUUAAUUGAAUAAAGAGAACACUAUUCAAAGAGCUGUAAGGACAUCCCAAACCAUUUGAAGAUACAGACUCUACAGUCAUUAUCUUAAAAUCUGGUUAAUUAAGGCGCUAAGUGUCAUUUCAAACAUUUUGACUUCCGGGUACUUUAUAUUUAACUUUCUAUCUAAUUUUCUUGUUCUCUUGACCAUUAGGAAUCUAUUUUUUCUUCUCACAUUGAAUCGUUUUGUUUCCAUGUUAGCAGGAAAAUAACUCUAGAAU